CAGACAGUCUGCUGGUGAGUCCGGAUUGCGAUGAUUGUGAGGAGUUGGUAUUCCAUCGUGUGUUCCAAAUAAUUUCCGGCUUGUCAAUUUGCCGAAGGAAUGGAAAAAGUGUCUGUGUGUGAAGGAAAUUUUCUCGGGUGAACCUCAUUCCACGUCACAUUUUUCCGUGAUCCUUGUCACCAAAGAUAAUUAUUUAUUGCAUCAAUUAAUUUUUUUUUGAAAGAUAGUCAAUUACUUUUCCUCAAAUCAUAUAGAGUGGGCUAAAGAAUUUUUGGAAUCUUAGCUGAGAUUUAAUUUUUUUGUUUUUCUAACAAAUCAAGAGAGAAAACAAUUGUCUAAUCAAACAAACUGACUUUCUCCACUCUUUUUCAAUCAUCUCACACAUAUAUAUAUUUUUUUUAUGGUACCUGUGUUAUUUUCUGACCGGAAAGAUUGUUGUUGAGUGAAGUGAAUGUUGUUGAGUUCACCAAUGACCGGUAGUCAUCGAUCUCUUUCUUUGAGUGUUUUCCCAUUAGGAUUAUGCAGAAGAGUGUUUGUGUCAAGGAAAAUUAAAGGAUAAUCAUAUUUCAUCGCAAAAGAGUUUGGAGUGAGAGAAAAAAAUUCUUGAAGAAAUAUGAAGAAUGAAAAGUGAUUUCCUCACUUUGUGAUUGAUACUGAUUGAGCAAUUUUGAUGUGAUUGUGUGACACGUGGGGUUCCCAUCGACGGAAGUUUCUUUCGACUUUUCAUCCCGCAUCUGUGUUAAAAAGCAGUCAGUUUUCUGUUGCCUGAGAGACUGCUACUGUAAGGUGUUUUUUUCCGCUGCUGCUGAAGAGACUGAUUUUUUUUUUGGAAAGUGAAGGGUGAGAAAUAAAGGACGAAAUGGAGCAUGCAGAUCUUGUCGCGGAAAUGGCUCAAGUGGAGCAUCUCUCGACACAGGAUCGUCUCCAGUUGGCACGAAUGCGACGAGCACAGCAACUUAAGGUGGCCAAACAGAAGGAGAAGGAAUGGCAAAAGUCCCAAAAUCGUCGUGAUAGGAACUCUACUGUGAGUUGUCGGAAGAAAAGGCACAUUGAAUUUGAGAAUAGUGUUAUGCUCCUGGAAGCUGCUGCAAGGAAUGAUAUCGUUGAGGUGGCGAAAUUGCUUCAGAAGGGCGUAACACCGGAUGCAACGAAUGAGGAUGGACUCACGGCACUGCAUCAGUGCUGUAUUGACAACAAUGCAGAUAUGCUGCGCCUCCUGCUGGAUUAUGGGGCGAAUGUCAAUGCCCAGGAUAGUGAAAAGUGGACCCCACUUCAUGCCGCUGCUACUUGCGGCCAUCUCAGCCUCGUAAAGUUCCUUAUAAGCCGCGGGGCGAAUCUACUGGCAGUAAAUGCAGACGGCAACAUGCCAUACGAUCUCUGUGAUGAUGAGGAGACUCUGGACUGCAUAGAGGCUGAGAUGUCGAAGCGUGGUGUAACACAAGAGUUGAUUGAUGAAACGCGCGCUGGCACUGAAAUCACCAUGCUCAGUGAUCUCGAGGAGAUGGCAAUGGCGGGUGGAGAUCUCGAGUGGCCAGAUCACCAGGGAGCAACUCCGCUGCAUAUCGCAUCGGCAAAUGGGUAUGGACGAGUAGUAGAGUUCCUGCUGGAUCAGCAUGUCCUCGUGGAUGCCGUGGACAAUGAUCUUUGGACACCUGUUCACGCUGCUGCUUGCUGGGGACAUCUGGAAGUCCUCGAAAUGUUAGCUCAGGCUGGAGCUGAUUUAUUUGCCAAAAAUAGAAAUGACGAAACACCAUCAGAUAUUUGUGAGGAUGCAGAAAUAAGGGAGAGAAUUGAACAAUUAAAGACGGAGCAGGAGAGUAAGAGAUUAGCGGAGGCACAGAAGCGCCGCGUGAAACGAUCCCAAAGUAACAAUACAAGGGCACAAUCCGUUCGUCGAACAUCCCUGAGAGAUAAAACACUCACGACGAAAAAAGAUGCUGUUGAAGAAACACGACUUCGGCUGCAAGCACAAGAGGGAUACACGACAACCGAUGGGACACAUGAACCACUAUCACUGGCCUCAGAAUCAUCGGCUCCGUCCUCCCUACGUCCUGCUAAUAACAAUUGCCACCACAAUAACAAUGGUAGUGUGCAGCAGAAUGGAGCAGCACCUGGAAAUGGCACCAACAACAAUACUCGAUAUCCUCAGAGCAAUUUGAGCUAUGGCACGCAAAUGGGAUUCAGUACAGCGCAGUCAUCCAUUAGCACAAAUCCCAAUCAUAUUGAUGGCUCUCCAACGGCAUCCCAUAAUCGUCGUUCGCCAGAGGGCAAGGACAAUGAGAUGAGUAGUUUGGGCUACAUGCAGGAGGACAGUAAAAAGAUGCUAGUGAACAAUAAUGCAUUGGCAUCGCAGCGAAACAGUGCAGCAAGUUCGGCUGAUUUGACUGCUACGGAAAUUUAUACGGCCAGCAAUGAGAAUGGAAAGAUAAACGUCCAAGUCACAGUGCUAUUUGAUGCUCACACUGUAGAUCACUCCAUCGCAGGAACAUUGGCUGACCUGAAGAAGCAUCGGGCUCAGUCCAGGAGCAGCGGAAGUCCGGAGAAUGGAUCUAUUCUCACCACUCAGAGUCUCACGGGAGCCGGAAGUACUGUUGGACAAUCACCUGCCGUGGAAUUGUCCCUCGUGUCAUCACCGAGUCUUCAGAGUACUCCAGCAAAGUUUAGUGGAAUCACUGGGGAUGUUGUAAGCGAUAGCACACGCUCCAGAAAGUGCUGUGUGAUUAUGUAAUGGGCUCUCCAUUUAUAAGUUUCUGUCCUCAUUUCUUUUCUCUUCUUUUUCUUCUUCUUGGGGGAAUUUAAUGAUUCCUUGUGGAUUUUUAUUUCGAUUUUCUUUUGCACAAGUUUUUUCUAUAUAGCCAAAGUUCUGGGAGAUUUUCGUUCAAAAUACAUUACCAUCUUCAUAAGAAUUAUUCAUAGUUAUUAUUAUGCCAAGACGGCAGUAUUAGGGACGAUACACAGUGCAGAUGAAAUUAAAUAUGAAAUAUUUGAGAUUAAAUUGAUUCUAGAUAU